AUGCGAUGGAAGCACACCCAUAUUCACACCAGCAUGCCGAACAAAGCACUCCGCCCCCAUAAUUUUACAUUGGGUACACAAGCUCUUAGUGUUUGUGUACACAGCUUAGCGCGAGAGCGACGCUAUCCUUUCGCAUCCAAUCGUCCACCUGCGUCGCUCUGUUAUCACCGACCUCGUCGCUCUCAACGAAGUACGCGUUCGACCACCCCGGCGGGAGAGAAGAGGUUAGUUUGGAAAGACGAGCAAGGGAUAUGCCGGAACUUUGCGCACUGUGCUGCGAUGGGUUGA